UGAUGCUACCACAUUUGCUACUUUCAGUGUGGCCCGUGUCUCCAAUGUGUUUUGUCACGCUUUAAGCGCUGCCCUCGGUAACAAACACUUGUAACAACCACGAACAACGAACAUCAAUAGCAGCAGCAACAUCAACAACAUCAAAAACAAACAGAACAACCAAAAUCGGCUUAGAAGUUUUAAUUUUUAUUAAAAGUUUUCAAUUACAAAAAUGCAAUCAAUUCUCCUGCUGCUAGUCAUCUGCCUCGGUGCGAGCUGCCAAGCGAUACGCGUCGACUGGGGCACAAACACUGGACCGAUUGUGCCACCGCCGCCACGUACCACGCCCACACCGCCACGUCAGCCAUAUCGCGAACCGGCGCCAGUUUGGGAGGAUCAAAGUGAUGAUAUACCCAACCCGAAGCCAUAUGUCUAUGUGCUGCCGCCUCCGUCACGUCCACGCACUUGGAUCAUACCCGCCGGACCCUAUGCGCCGGCCAACUACAACAAUCUGCCGCCCAAGCGCAACUAUGGCGAUCUUUUGACUCCGUACAGCACACCAGGAGCUGGAGCUGGAGCGGGAACGGGAACUGUGAGUGUGCCCGCCUUGGCAGCACAAUAUGUGCCCGGAGUGGGCAUCAAGUACACUGCAAUUGUGCCUAAUAAGCUGCAGGGCAAAUACAAUGCAAAGACCAAGAAAUACAAGGCCUACGAGAAGGCCAAAUAUGCGCCAUGGAACUAUUUGCAGCUGCUGCCAGCGGAGGAGAAGCCGCUGGAUUGGCAAGCGCCGUUGAAGGAGCAGCAGAAGCAGGAGGCGGAGGCUGACGCUGAGACAGAGAUGGAGGAGUACAACGAAUUGCCACAACAGUCAGUCAGCUCCUCCACAACUGUAGCGCCCAGCAGCAGCCCAACUGCCGCGGCAGUUGCUUCAGAAAUAACAACAACGUUAGCAACAAGCACAACUACAACAUCCACAACACAAAAGCCAACAAUUACAACAACAACAGACAUAACAACUGUUAAGCUGGCACAUGAGAAGAGCGCCUAUCUGAAGAAGCACAACAAGCUGAAGAAGCUGAUCGAAAUGAUGCAGGCUCAAAACAACUCAUCUUUGACCUCAAGUUGAGCAUGCUAAAAAAA